GGCGCUACUGUGGGUCGGUGGUGGAUUCCUGCGGUGCAGUGGGCGGUCCCCUGACUGGGAAGGGAGGGCUGCAGCUCGGGGACAUCCCCUUCCAGCACUUCCCGGUCCCGAACAGCUGGUCCCUAGACGGCAAGAGGACGCGGACAAGCUGAGGCCCCGGGUCUCCCAGGAGGAAGUGUUUUAAUUUGAAGGAAACAACAUUACAACAAUAUUAAGAGGAUCAUUCACUAUGCCCAAGAGAGAUUCUUCCUGAAGAUGUGGAAUCUCAGGAUGAUGCUACAUGCUCUGUGGACACUGUGGACCUUGGCAGCCACGAUGGGCCUCCCCAGGGAAAGCGCUUCUGAUCAGGUUUCUCUAACCUGUGAUGCUGCCGGUGUGUGUGAUGGCCGGUCCAGGUCUUUCAACUCCAUUCCUUCAGGACUCAGGGAAGAUGUGAAGAGCCUAGAUCUGUCUAACAACAAGAUCACCUAUAUUGGCCACAGUGACCUGCAGGCGUGUGUGAACCUCCAGGCUCUGAUGCUGAAAUCCAAUGGAAUCAGCACAAUAGAGGAAGACGCCUUUUCUUCCCUGGGAAAUCUCAAGCACUUAGACUUAUCUGAUAAUCACUUAUCUAAUUUAUUUUCCUCUUGGUUCAGGCCCCUCCUCUCCUUGAAAUACUUAAACUUACUGGGAAACCCUUAUAGAACACUUGGGGAAACACCACUUUUUUCCAACCUCACAAAUUUACAAGUCCUCAGAGUGGGAAAUGCGUAUCCCUUCACUGGGAUUAGGAGAAUAGAUUUUACUGGCCUCACUUCUCUUGAUGAACUUGAAAUUAAUGCAUCAAAUCUCCAGAGCUAUGAGCCAGAAAGUCUGAGGUCCGUUGGCAGCAUCCGUCACCUGAUCAUUUGCCUAAGGCAGUCUACUUUGGUGCUGGACAUUUUUGCAGAUCUUUUAAGUUCGGUAGAAUAUUUAGAACUGAGAGAUACUAAUUUGGCCACCUUCCACUUUUCAGAACUGUCUGUCAAUGAAAUAAACCCAAGGAUUAAAAAGUUAGGAUUCAGAAACAUCUAUUUCACUGAUGGAAGUUUCAACGAGCUUCUGAAGGUGCUGAGUUACACUCCUGCACUGUUACAGACAGAAUUUGAUGACUGCACGCUUAAUGGAGUUGGCGAUUUUACGCCUGAGCUAGACAAGGUGAGGGAUCUAGGGAAAGUAGAAACAUUAAUAAUCCGGAGGUUGCAUAUCCCUAAAUUUUAUUUAUUUUAUGAUCUCAGUAGUGUAUAUUCACUCCUGGAGAAAGUUAAACGAAUCACAGUGGAAAACAGUAAAGUUUUCCUGGUUCCUUGUUCAUUUUCACAACGUUUAAAAUCAUUAGAAUACUUGGAUCUCAGUGAAAAUUUGAUGGUUGAAGAGUACUUGAAAUAUUCAGCCUGUGAAGAUGGCUGGCCCUUCCUACAAACCUUAAUUUUAAGGCAAAAUCAUUUGACAUCAAUAGAAAAGACUGGAGAGAGUUUACUGACUCUGAGAAACCUGACUAACCUUGACAUCAGUAGGAAUAGUUUUCAUUCUAUGCCUGACAUUUGUCUGUGGCCAGAAAAGAUGAGAUACUUGAACUUGUCUAGUACACGAAUAAACAAGGUAACUCCCUGUAUUCCCCAGACACUGGAAGUCUUAGAUGUUAGCAAUAACAAUCUUGAUUCAUUUUCUUUGCUUUUGCCUCGGCUCCAAGAGCUUUAUAUUUCCAGAAAUAAAUUGAAGACUCUUCCAGAUGCUUCAUUGUUCCCAGUGUUACUGGUCAUGAAAAUCACCAACAAUACAAUCAGUACUUUCUCUAAGGAGCUGCUUGAUUUUUUCCCCAAACUAGAGACUCUGGAAGCAGGUGGCAACCACUUCAUCUGCUCCUGUGAAUUCCUGUCCUUCACACUACAACAGCCAGCACUGGCCGAGAUCCUGGUGGACUGGCCAGACAGCUACCUCUGUGACUCUCCAUCCCAUCUGAGGGGUCAGCGGGUUCAGGAUGCCCGGCCCUCAGUCGCUGAGUGUUACCAGGCUGCACUUGGGUCUGGUGUAUGCUGUGCCCUUCUGUUGUUGAUCCUGCUCACGGUGGGCCUGUGCUACCAUUUCCAUGGGCUGUGGUACAUGAGAAUGAUGUGGGCAUGGCUCCAGGCCAAAAGGAAGCCCAGGAAAGUGCCUUGCAGGGACAUCUGCUAUGAUGCAUUUGUUUCCUACAGUGAGCAGGAUUCCUACUGGGUGGAGAACCUCAUGGUCCAGCAGCUGGAGAACUUUGAGCCCCCCUUCAAGCUAUGUCUCCACAAGCGGGAUUUUGUCCCUGGCAAGUGGAUCAUUGACAACAUCAUUGAUUCCAUUGAAAAGAGUCACAAGACUGUGUUUGUGCUUUCUGAAAACUUUGUGAAGAGCGAGUGGUGCAAGUACGAACUGGACUUCUCCCACUUCCGUCUCUUUGAUGAGAACAACGAUGCUGCUAUCCUUGUCCUUCUGGAGCCCAUUGAGAAAAAAGCCAUUCCCCAACGCUUCUGUAAGCUGAGGAGGAUAAUGAACACAAAGACCUACCUGGAGUGGCCAGUGGAUGAAGCUCAGCAGGAAGGGUUCUGGGUAAAUCUGAGAACUGCAAUCAAGUCUUAGGCUCUCCAUGCACGGUCUUUCUUGCCUUUGCCAUGGUCUUUAUGUCACUGGCUGUAACAAAGUUCAUUCUGGCAUAAUUACAUAAAUACCAUAGAAUGUACUCUUGAGGCUUUGUUAUGUAAUUUAAUAACCUGUGAGCUUUAUCUUGAAUGUUAGUGUAUAAAAUAUUUUACAUUAGGAAAAUGGUUUGGGGACUUUUUUUUUAAUUCUAUGGAGAGAUGGUCAAGAUCGUUUUCCAGUAUCAGCACCUGAAUCUUUCACUUAGCUCCUCUGGAAAUGGUACACGUGGACUGCAGAUUUUAUGUCUGUGUGCCAUUGGUCUGCUUUCUGUAUGUAGGUGGCUACAUACCAUUCUCUAGUCUGCCUACCUGCCAUCCGUCUGUGUGAUGAUCUCAAGAGCAGUGAGUCAAAAUAUUUGGGGUAUUCAGGCAAGUUUGUUGCUAUGUCUAGAAAAAGGGCUGUGUAAGCCUUUUAGCACAAAAUACCACAGGGUGUAUCUUCAUGUGAACUGUAUCUGGUUUUCUGGGUAUUUGAUAAGUUUCUCCAGAUGUAAUUCCUUGAAUGAGGAUACAUAACACAAGAUACUGUAAAUUAUGUCUUACCAAGAGAACAGAAGCUAUUGAAAAUCAAUAAAAUACUUAGGAGAAUUUGAAA